UUGGUGGAAUUUAUUUCAACUGUGUAACAAUUGUGUGGAGAAUAUAGAUGAAAUCGUUAUUGAUCGUCCUUCUGAGUGUGUGUGCUUUCACGAGUGCCACUCAAACAUGGAGACCGGAUAUAUGUCCAAUAGAUGGCAAUCCAGCUAAUCCAGUACAUGCUGCUCACGAAGAAGACUGUUGUCUAUUCUACAAAUGCAACGGAGGAUGGGCGAACCUUAUGUCGUGUCCAGUGAAUCAACAUUUUGCUCCUUCGCUCAAUCGGUGUGAUUUGCCUGCACUUGCGCAAUGUACAUUACCGCUGUCUUCGUGUACAACUACAUUGACAACAACUACUCCAGCUCCGAAUACACCCGCUCCACCGGCGACUCCUACAACUCAAGUUCCGCCUACGCCCGCUCCUCCAGUGACUCCCACAACUGCAGUUCCGCCUACGCCUGCUCCACCGGCGACUCCUACUACUUCUGCUCCGCCUACGCCUGCUCCCCCGGUGACUCCUACAACUGCUGUUCCGCCUACCCCCGCUCCCCCGGGAACAACCAUACCGACAGCGCCAACUCCAGCCCCAACCAUCCCAACAGCGCCAACUCCAGUAUCUACAACGUCCGAAAUUCCAGUGGCACCAACACCAGGACCGACCAUUCCCACGGCACCAACUCCAGGGUCGACAACAGAAGAACCAGGGUCGACAACAGACGAGACAACAAUUCCAACGGCACCGACUGUAGAGCUUCCUACAGCUCCUACAGUUCCUACAGGCUUUGGGAUUAUAAGUGCAUAAAUAUUGUCAUGAUAAUUAUAGUUUAUACUGUAGAAACAUGUGCUUCAAAACUUCAAAUUUGGAAAAAAAAAUGAAUGAAGCCCGUGCCAUUCAUGUAAUAUAUCUCUUCAUUGUGAUCGUCAUGCAAAAUAUCUGACUUUACAUCAUGGUUCCAACAGCACAUUUUUGUAAUCACCAAUUAAAGCGAUAAGAUAAGUUAAAGCCUACCGAUUAUUCUACUAUAUCCGGUUUAUACACGCUACCUAAUAGUGAUAAGAUAGGAACAUUGGAAAUUGGGCAAUUUGGUAUUACGGCUAUAUAUCAAAGAUAAUUCACUUUUCGGCACUGUAACACGAACCCAAGAUACGGCAGUUUUAAUAACAUAAACUGAUAAAGAAAUUGC